AUCUGUUGUUCAGCCCAUCUCGGCUCUCACUGGAAAUCCCAGUCCAGAUAACAGGGAGCUGGAGGUCCCCGACAUGCCAACCAGCAGUUGGGUUUGAUCGGUUUAUCACAACGACAAACCUCCUCGACACAAACGGCAGCCAUGGACUUCAGCGGCACUUGGAAAGUUUAUUCCGAGGACAACCUCGAGGGGUUCUUAAAAGUAGUAGGUGCACCUGAAAUGGUAAUCAAAAUGCGAAAGAACAUCAAACCGGUGGUGGUGAUCGAGCAGAACGGCGCAGACUUUACCUACACGACAAAGACGCCCAUCUACACCAAGGUCCACUCGUUCAGCCUGGGGAAGGAGUCCGAGAUGACUGCUGCGGACGGGCGCAAGUUUAAGUGCACUGUCAGAGAGGAGAAUGGGAAGCUGAUUGCUGAGACCGAAAAGUUCACUUCCGUCCGUGAGAUCCAAGGGGACGACAUGGUUGAGACUAUCACUGCUGGGCCUGAAACUUUCAUCAGCAGGAGCAAACGCGUCUAAUGCUCACCUUGCAUCUGAUGUUGAAGAUUAGAGCUGAGAUGGAACAUAAACAUUGAAAAACACUUUCAUGAAUAAAUUUGAUUGA